GGGACUCUCUCUUGAGGACACUGCACUGUUAUUCUGUUUUGUUUACAAUGAAAUCACUGUUUUUAUUAAGUUAAUGCGAGCUGCUUCCUCACCAUAAAAACAUGACUUCAGCUGAGCUUCAGGGGUGAAGCAGAAGAACUGUGAGCAGAGACUGUGAGACGUGCGGUCCUGCUUUGGGUUUUAAGUGCAUCAUCUCCUUCCCGGGAACAAACGUGGUUCCGCAGUACUGUAGCCUUUCUUAUGAUGAAUGUACAAAUGAUUGAUUCGUUACGUUGUGUGAUUUCUUUUUUUCUUUUUUCCCCUCAAACAGACGUUUUUAAUGCACAUAGUGUAUGCUCUGAAAAAGUUUUAGCAAAAUUCGCUGUUGUUCCAUGUCAAAAGGCAGCAUUCCAUAUACAUAGCAAACAUGUUGUAAUGACAGUGGAAAAGUCUGUUUUAAUUCUUUGUUUAAAAAAGAAAAAAAAAAAAGGAUUUUUAUGUGGAACAAAGAAUCAAACUGUGUCAGGGUUUUGUUUUUUGAGGGGGAUAGCAGGUGGAUUUGCUGACCGUAAACUUUUGAUUCCUCUUUUCUGAGACAUCUUGUAUAAACCACAUGCUGGCUCCAGUUGUGCAAUAUUUGCAUGUCUGUUAAGGAGCAGGAAUGGCGAAGUGAAACUAUACAGGCCCCUCGCACACUUUAAAAGGUGAGACGUGUGUCGUAGGGCAUCAAGAAGACGGCACAUUUGAAGACAGCAGAGGAGAGAAGUCACUGUCUGGUUCACUUACCAACAUAAACAGGUAUAAACAGGUUCUUUGUGUCAUAUUCUACGUGUGAUUAUUUGAACAAAAAUUGAAUUGACAAAAUCCACAAUAAACAAAGUAAAAGACUUAUUGGAAAAUGCCGACUCGUCGAAAUAUGUGCCUGCUGUGGCUUCUGCUACUUCUCCAUGUCUGUGAAGGGGCAUUCAGAGUUGACCUGUUCAAGAGCACAGCCCAGCCACGGGAGGGUGACGUGAGGCUGGUUGGUUCCAAAAGUCCUGCGGUGGGCCGUGUGGAGGUCUACCAUGACAGCAAAUGGGGGACAGUGUGCGACGAUGGCUGGGACAUGGCUGAGGCCCAGGUGGUGUGUCGUCAGCUCCACUUCCCUGGAGCAAAGUCUUUUGACAUCGGCCAGGACUAUGGACAAGUCACUGGGCCCAUUUGGCUGGAUGAUAUUCAGUGUAAUGGCAACGAGAAACAUCUGUUCAAUUGUGGGUUCAAAGGCUGGGGAGUAACCGACUGCACCCACAAAGAGGAUGUUGGAGUUACUUGUGAAACCGAGGACACGAGUUUGGGAGAUCGUAGACACUUGCUGGACCACACUUUCAGUCUCUCUGACGACCUUGGUAAAACAUUUGACGACCAACGUGGCUGCAACUUUCUGAUCGUAGCCAAGAGUGCCUCUGGAAACAAAAUGCAGAAUGGGACUCUGGAGAUGUUGGAAACGCAGAUCUGCGCCCACAAAAUAAUGCUCUCACAGUUCCCACUCUUUAAUGCUACUGAGGACAUUUCUAGCAUCACUGUGGAUGUCAGCCUCUCCUGCCGACCAUAUUUCUCCUCCUUUAUUCGGUACCUUUACACGCGCAAGAUAAACGUGACCUUGUCCUCUGUGCAGUGCAUCCACUGGAUGGCUUCUAAGUUUGGGGUGAAGCAGCUGGUAGAGGACACAACCAGGCUCUUCACUCAAGUCCUCCCAGAGGACCCUUUGUUUCACACUCAGCUAUCCCUUUACAAAUAUGCAGAGGAGACUGGGGACUUGGUUCUCCGGGAGAACUGCAUCCAGUACCUGGCCUGGAACUUCGUGAACCUGACCACAUCUCCAGCAUGGGCCGACAUUUCCGCGGAGCUCUUUGGACUCAUUCUCUCCCGCUCAGACGUGGUGGUGCCAGACGAGUUUUUUUUGCUCCAAAGUGUAGAGAGCUGGAUCACAGAGAGGGGCAACGCCACCAGUUUGAAAAGCCAGGUUGACCUCCUGAACCGCAUCCGUUUCCCCAUGAUCGCCGUGGAGAAACUGUAUGCACUUGAGGUCAACUCCUCCCUUUACAGCACUCAUCAAAAACUAUAUCAUGACAACAUGUUGAAAGCAUUCCAGUUUAAUGUUCUGCUCUUGAGCAACCUUUUGUCCAACCCAAAGUUUGACAACGCUGAGGAGGAUUACCAGCCAAGGCUCUACACUGAUUCAUGGAGCAUUGCUGUUACCCCUAAUCAUCAAAUCAGAACAUUCAGCACACCUAUCCACAACAGCCUGAUCUUUCAGGGUAAAAAGGCCGGCUGGGGGUUAGGCAUCUUCACGAGUCAAUAUCAGUGUUCAAACCAAGGGCUGCGCUGCAAGUCCCUCCCCAUGGUGAGGCUGAGGCCCCAGAGCGACUACAGUAGGUACAAAGUUAUCUUUCACAAUCGACUUCUGCUGAUGUGCCAGGGCAAGUACAUCUGUGAGGUCCAGGGUUUCAAGGACGACGUGGGCUAUAUCAGUGAAAAUUCUACCGUUGGUCUUUCCUAUCCCUGUCCCGACAACAACUACACCUACCGCUUUGUAGUGAGACCAGAGUAUAUCUUAGCCUGAUGAAUCCUUCCAUAUGAUCACUUUGUUGCUUGUAAUCAACAUGGUCUGUGUAUCUAAAUAUGUUCUCACACUUCUGCAUUGAUUCGGCGAUUUGAAGCACUUGAUAUCGUUACCUGCUUUUUAAAAUGAGAAAUAAAACAGUCUCUCAGUU